CACCGCCCACAAAAAGCCACAGCUAUCUAUCUGUCUCCAGAUGCAAUUAUACAGUGCAACUAUAAAGAAUAUACAUAAAAUAGUGCUAUUGAUAAGGUGUAUUUUUGCAUGAAGAUCGUUGGAAAGGCUUGUUGUAGGCUACCUAGCGACAGAAACAGCAGCGGCAGAAAGAGGAGAGAGAGAGGGGUGUUGGGUAAAUGAAAGUGGGUGGGCCUACCGCGGACACACACUACCAACUUCGAUCAGGAUACAUUUAUGCAAACGCUCGAUUUUUUCCGUUAAUAGAAUUUACGCGCGACGGUCGUUAAAGUGUGUUUUUGGUUGGUUUUGAGUGGCGUCGGGUGCGGACAACGGACUCUUCCCCGUUAUAACGGGAGGUUUGAUUGUUGCUCGAGCUUGGUACCGCCCUUCCUGCCGGGUGGGUGGUUUCGGUGCUAACGGGAGCGACGCCACAGCCCAGCGCGAGCCAUUCGCGGAGAAAAUAGGCCGUCCUUCCCCGGUGCUUCAGCCGGCCUUUCUCCCCUAGCCUCUCCUCUCCGGUUUAUGAAUGCGUUAUGAGUGAUCAGAAGACUGAUGUGUCGGGAUCAGAAGAAGGGAAACCAGGCAAGAAAGGCAAACGUUCUGGAUCACAGGAUUCCCAGCCGUCUCCCCUAGCCCUGCUGGCUGCGACCUGCAGCAAGAUAGGAGGUCAGGGAGGAGUGGAGGGACAGGUGCAGGGUGGCCAGUUCCAGGGUCAUAUAGUGGUAGACGCAGCAGGUAAUCAGACUUUGGUUCAGCAGCAGUUGGAACUGGUUCCUGCCCAGUUCACUGGCAACGGCUGGCAGAUCAUCACUACUGCUCCCCAGAUGGCCAAGGACACUGCCAAUCAACCAGUCGCCGUGACGCUGGCCACCACUUCAGCCAAUGACAGUGCUCCGGCAGGCCGUACGAUGAAGGCUGUGGGCGGGACUAACACCGUAGCAGCCAAUCAGCAGGCGCAGCAGCAGCAGUUCCAGAUCAUCCAGGUGCAAAACAUGCCGUCGUCAGGGGGUGGGGUCCAAUACCAGGUGAUCCCCCACCUGCAGACGGCCGACGGCCAACAGAUCCACAUCAGCCCCCAGACCGCAUCCCUGGGGGGGCAGUACAGACACAUCAGCCCCCAGACCGCAUCCCUGGGGGGCCAGUACAGACACAUCAGUCCAGCCCAGGGGGGUCUACCAGAGCAGGUCCAGCUGAUCCAGACCCAGAACCAAUCCCAGACCCAGGCAAUCCUACAGCCAGCCAAUCAGCAGGCCAUCCUCACUAGCUCAGCCAAUCAGACAUUGCAGCUUCGUUCCGCCCAGUCCUUCCCGCUGCAGAUGCAGACCUUACAGGGCUCCCAGACCCAGGUCAUGACUACAGUACCCAUAAACAUCGGCGGUAUGACCCUCGCCCUGCCGGUCAUGAAUAAUUUAGCAGGGAGCGGAGCCGUGCAGCUUAUCCAAUCAGCCGAUGGCAGCUUUACCAUAGCUAACGGCAACCAGCUUGUGACGACAACGGCAGCAGCGGUGUCCGGGGCAGUUACUGUUACCGGGUCGUCUGGUGGUACCAUAACAACUGUUACCGGGGGGGAUGGAGUGUCGUCAGACGGAACACAGCUGAGUUCUGUAGCCGGGUCGGACGGAGGGGCGGAGAGAGAUGCACAGAACCAACCCAGCGACCAGGACUCUCAGAUGGUCCAGAGUCAGGCCAACGGACUGCAGGGCCAAUCAGAUCCUCCAGGGACCAUCCAGCAGGUCAUCGUGGGACAGAUGGGCAACCAGGUGUUGCAGCAGAUCCAGAUACAGCCACAUCAGUUCACACAGGCCCAGAUCCAGCCACAGAACCAGUUCCAGAGCCAGCAGAUCCAAACCUUUCAGUUAGGACCAGGCGGGACCCUACAGCCCAUACAAGCCUUCCAGAACCAACAGGUUCUGAUCCGGACCCCAACCCUCUCCCCGUCGGGCCAGAUCACGUGGCAGACCCUGCAGCUCCCCGGGGGGAUGUCUGUGCCCCAGCAGCUGACCCUGGCCCCUGUGGGCGGGGGGGCGGUGGGAGGGGGGGGCUUCAUGCAGCUGGGAGGGGCUCCCCUGACGCUGAGCACAGCCCAGAUCAACCCUGGGUCGGGGGUGCAGACAGUCAGCAUCGCUGGGCUGGGAACCACAGGGGUACAGAUGCAGGGGUUACCCCUCACAAUCACUGGACUACAGGGUCAGCCGCAGGGUCAGGAGGGAGGAGUUAAGGUCGAGCCAUCCCCUGUGACGGUAACCGUGGGUAACGUGGCGGGGUCAUCGCUUAGUCCAGACCAGAUGGGUUCUGUCCAGAGUUCAUCAGACCAGGAAGGACCGCCCAGCAAGAGGCUCCGCAGGGUGGCAUGCUCCUGUCCUAACUGUAGGGAUGGAGAGGGGAGGACCAGUGGAGACCCAUCUAAGAAGAAGCAGCAUGUGUGUCACAUGGAGGGCUGUGGAAAGGUCUAUGGUAAGACCAGUCACCUGAGAGCUCACCUCCGCUGGCACACAGGAGAACGACCCUUCGUCUGCAACUGGAUCUUCUGUGGCAAGAGGUUCACACGCUCGGACGAACUGCAGAGACACAGACGGACACACACAGGAGAGAAGAGGUUUGAGUGUCCAGAGUGCAGUAAGCGUUUCAUGCGUAGUGACCAUCUCUCCAAACACAUCAAAACCCACCAGAACAAGAAGGGAGGGGCAUCUCUCGCCAUCAUCACCACCGACGACAUGGAAGAUUCUAACCAGGGCUUAGGCUCUUCCCCUCGCAUCGUAACUGUGGCUACGCUCUCCCAGGACUCCGCCCCCGCCACGCCAACAGCCUCCUCGCCCAAUCAAAUGGAGGGAGAAGAGGAGGAAGAGGAGGAGUUUGAGUAGUGACCAGUGACCCACUUCCUGUGAAGGGAAGAAGUAGGGAGGGCUGACUUCGUAGUUGGUCUCCAUGGUUACGCCGUGGCUGUGGAGGUCAGGUGGUAUAUAUAUAUAUUUUAUUAUUAUUUGUUUGUUUUUUAAACGGACUCAAAGAGAAGAGAAAUAUGACAGACUGAAAAUGACAAACAGACAGAGGAAUCUGAAUCUUAACUAAUAAUUGAAUCCAACGACAGACUAAAGGUGUGAAUUAGUAGAAUGGUGUUUAUAACAGAACAGAGGUCAGGGGGAAAGGCUAAUCUGAACUCGCACCCUAUCCCCUACAGUUGAAGUCGGAAGUUUACAUACACCUUAGCCAAAUACAUUUAAACUCAGUUUUUCACAA